CGGCACGUCCAACCAGCCAGUCCGUAACGACGCGCGAGUCGACCGCACGCUAGCGCGCGAUUAAAAAAUCAAAUUAAAAACAAAACCAGCCAUGUUGUUCGUUGUAUCUCUUGCGGUCUUGCUGGCCAGUGCUCAAGCCAAAUUUUACACGGAUUGUGGAUCGUCGUUGGGGACCGUGGCGAAUGUGGGCGUGAGCGGGUGCGAAGACUCAGCGAAGGAGUGCAUCCUCAAAAGAAACACCAAUGCGACCAUCUCUAUAGAUUUCACACCUUCGGUAGCAGCGAAAGAGAUAACCACAGAAGUUCACGGGGUCAUCAUGAACCUUCCCGUGCCGUUCCCUCUGCCGCAGCCCGACGCCUGCAAGGGCAGUGGACUGUCCUGCCCACUCAAGGCCGGUGAACUGGCCAAGUACGUGACGUCACUGCCAGUCCUCAAGUCAUACCCCAAGGUCAAGGUCGAUGUGAAAUGGGAGCUCAAGACCGACAGCGGAGACCUGGUCUGCAUCUUGAUCCCAGCCAAGAUCAAUUAAGUACCAUAAUACGUCUUACUACGAAAGGAAGUUCUUCGGAUUAACAAAAUACGGGGUCAUUAGACGUCAAAGUUACUAUGUCUUUCACUCAUACUACGACCAAGCAUGUGUGAAAUGUGAAUGAGAGUUUUACGAACCCGGCAUAGAGCAAUAUAGUAAGACAAGAGUGCUCACUCCAUAAAUCAGUUUUGGUACCAAAAAGACUAAUAUUUUCAUAGUCGACAUCUAGCAUCGAGUAGCGGAAUUAUCAGCACAGCUAAGUAGCAGUAGUAGUUCUGUCAAGUCACAAUAGAUGUAGCACCGACCGGAAAGUCUAAUGCUCAACAACAUAAGACUUUCCGGUGGGUGCUACAUCUAUUGUCACUUGACAGAACCACUACUGCUACUUAACAGUGAUAAUAAUUCCGCUACUCGACUUACUUAAAUUUCACUGGAACAAUAAAAUAAUUGCUUCAUAAGAACCACAUUAAUUUUAGGGUCAUUAUGGAAUAAGUUUUAAUCUUCUGGGCGGCAAUAAAUACAUUGCGCGUUUCCUUUUUAGAAAUAUUCCCAUUUCUAACGAGGGAGAUAUUACUAGGCGCGGAACUUCACUAUUUGUUAGUAAGAUGUAAAAACAACUUAAGUCCUUUAAAAUAAAGACUAUAUUUGAUUGGCACAGAUAAAUUAUAUCGUUUUAGUGAUUUGGAGAAAAUAUAAAUUCGUUGAAACUUUUCGUAUAGAACUAAACGUUUCGAAUCCGAAUACGAAUUGAAAGUCGACAUUUACGAAAUUAUGAAAAAUCGACUAAUUUACAAAUCAUACCAAAUGUAAUUUUAGUAGGUACUAAACAGAAUGAUUGAGUAGGAAAUGAUCAAUUUAACUGUCAUUUUAGGGGAUAUAGGGCGUCCGAUAGCGUGGGCGGGCGCACGCACGCAGGGGCCAUUGUAGGUAAAAUCAGUUGCACGCGUCCGCGCUAGUUAGGGUCGUAUUCCACCUAUCCAAUGUGUAGUUUGUCUCACAUUUUCCUUAAUAAGAAAGUGAGACGCAAUGACAUUGGACCAAGAUAUUGGACAGAUGAAAUACCACCCUUAGCGUUGCUCAUACUAUUUUCUCCGCUCACCCCCUCCGCGAAACCGCGCCAGCUAGCGGACGCUUUUAAACAGUUUAUGUAUACUUAAGUUCUAUAGCAAUAUCCUUGCUCUAUAGCAAUCCCUUUUAUUUGUAUGUAUUACCUAUUGCCCUCUGAUUAUGUUUAAUUUAUUUUUUAAUACGUGGUUAAUUUUAUACGAUAGUGCUUUGAGAUCUUGCCUGGCAUAGCUUAGGAAAUGAAUCUUAAGUAAAAUAAAAUAACUAAGUAUUCUUGUAUACUUCAUGCAUUGACCAAAGUUUUUGUGAUAAUUAUG